CUAGGCUAUUUGCUACGUCAUAUUACUACUGGACGUGAUGUCAGAUUGUGUUUUCUUUCAGUGGUUUCCAUUUAAUUGGGAAUGUAAUUCAAGGUGGUGAACGUAUAUAUUGUUUCUCCAGUUUCAGAGCGGAAUGGAUAAAAGCGCAUCUUUUAGGGGAUGAAAUAUUACUUGAAAACAUAAUUCUAUACUGAAGAGAACAAUUAAAAAUGUUAGCCAAAGUGUGUUUAGUUGGCCCGAAAGGAGUAGGCAAGAGCACAAUGGCAUCCAAAUUUGACAAAAAUGCAUUCUCUAAAAUUGUGAAAGGAACGGCGAUAGCUAAUUUUAACAUGGUAAUUGGAAAUUACAAAGUUGAUCUACAGAUUUGGGAUACUUGUGGAGAGGAUCGUUUUAGAUGCAUGGGUCCUAUAUUUUAUAAAGCCACAAGAGCAGCCAUGUGUGUUUUUGAUAUCACAUCCAGAGAAUCAUUUUAUGAUUUACAAGCUUGGGUCAUCAGUGUUCAACAGAAUGCAAACGAUGAAUGCAUUUUUGUAUUGGUGGGCAAUAAAAGAGAUCUUAUAGGAAAUAGAGAAAUUUCCGAAAAAGAAGCUAAAAAAUAUGCAGAGUCUAUUGGAGGCACAUAUUUUGAAAUUUGUGCUAGUACUGGAGAAGGGGUGAAUGAGAUGUUUGAACAUGUUGCUUCAUCGAUAGUUCGUCAAAAUGACUGCUAUAAUAGUUAUCACGCAAAGUUAGCAAUAACAUCAAGUGGUAUGGGAUUCUGUGGAUGCACAAUGAGGAAAAAGCAAAAAAGCAAACCGGACAAAAAAAAUAUGUGUUUCCCAUGCUUGGUUCUACGGUGACCCAAGCUGAUGAUAUGACACACAAGAUAAUAGCAUGACUCUUAUUGUGUGUUUUAAAUCUCUGUGACAAAAACUUAUCCCUUAUGAAUGAUAGAAAACUAUUUUCAAGACUUGCACAUUCACAAGAAUUUAAGAUUUUAUUACAGUAUAAAAGAUACUGGAUAAUGGACAAAUAAUAUGUGUAUUAGAAUAAUCACUUUUCAGCGGUAGUUUUUAAAACUGAAAAGACUAUUUGAGUAGUUAUGUGCCGAAAAUGGCCAAAUCCAUUCCAAGGAAACUGAGGAAAACAUCCAGGAAAAAACAUUUCUAAAGAGGUGUCACUUUAAUAUAUGAAGAAUAACAUUUAAAGAUCUUUUCAGUAAACGUUUAGUAUAUAAAAGUAGUUUAAAGUGAAAAUGUGUUGAAUUCAAAAAGAAAAGACUUAGAAUAUAUUCUUGUGUUGAACUCAUUUUUUUUUAAACACAAUUGGACUUGGCUAAUUUUGAUACACAGCGUCUCAUAUUUUUAUUUCUUUCCUAGUGGUUUCAGAUUAGUACGAAAUGUAAGGAAACAUGGGAGAUUUGAUCAUCUUUAUAUAUAUAUAUACAUACACACAGCAAAAUAAAUAAAUACAGAAAAGCACGAAGAAAAUUAAGAAAAACAAUAAGUAUCAUUUAUUGCGCAUAAGCUGCAAGUAAACAGAACACAUGAGAUAAGUUCGAAAUGUAGAUAAAACAAAGGAAAAUUGCAGACAUAUGAAAAGGAGGGAAAAGAAAAAUAAUAAUUAAAAAAAUAACAAACAACGGAAAAAAAAUAAAGGAGGAAAUUUUUUUUGAAAAAUUCGGAAAAUAAAAGAUAUAAUCUUUUCAUCAGCCCACACGAUUAUAUCCGCUUUUUUGCGGAUAUAAUCGUGCGAAUAUAAUCGUAUCAUUUAUUGCGAUUUUUUAAAAAAAAUUUCAUCCUUUUUUUUCAGUUGUUUGUUAUUUUUAUUCAGUUGUUGGUUAUUUUUUUAUUAUUAUUUUCCUUUCCCCCCUUUUUCAUAUGUCUGUAAUUUUAUUUUGUUUUAUCUUCAUUUUGAACUUGUAAGCUCAUAUAUAUAUAAGCUCAUAUAUAUAUAUGCUCAUAUAUAUAGAUGAAUCAUGAAUAUGAAUAUGAAUGUAAGCUCAUAUAUAUAUAUAUGAAUCAUGAGUUCAGCAGUCUAAAGAUAGUUCUGAAAUUGGUUUUCUUAAUCUUUUUCUUUAUAACAUAAUUUUUAAAGUUUUCUUUAUUUGUUUUUAGUAAUUCUUCUCGAUUUCUUUUGAAAUUUGUCGAAAUUGUCUGUUUCGAAUUAUAGAUCAUUAAUAUUCAUUUUAUGAAAAAUAAUUAAAAAAAAACUCAUUAAAAUGCGAAAAUCAAGGAAAGCGAAUGUUAUACUGGAUUUUGGAAUGAUUAAACUAAAUACACAGCAAAUUUCUCUUUAUUUUAUAAAUGUCAAUAAAAGAUGGCGCAAACGAGGAGAACGUUAAAAAGAAGUGAAAAUAACAUCAACAAUUUAGUAGCAAAUAUCUGAUGAACUGAAACAAAAUGCGAUUUUGUUUCUUACUAUCUUACGAUCUGAUGCUCAUCUGCUAAAUAAAUGUUUAUAAAUAAUUAAGCAGGGUUGAUCAAAUUUCCUAUGUUCUUCUUAUACAAAAUUUAGCGCUGGCUAAAGGGUUUUGUUCAAUCCAAGUGCAUUUUAUUUAUUGACAAUCAAAGGAUUUUACGGACCAUUUAAAUGAAACCUGCAAUUUUAUUGAGUUAUUGUACAAAUUUUAUUUGUUUCUAAAGCUGUAAUAAAAUUUUGUUGCCAAAAUCUA